AUGGGAUGGUUCUGGGCUGAUUCUCCCGCAAAUGUUGCGACUACGGGUAUGAGAGGUGCCCCUCAUACUAUUCCCAAGAAUAGCAAUGCCACUCCGCCACCAUCAUGUCCCAUGCACAAGCCUGACGCAGAUACACCAAAGCUUGUGGCAAAAUCUUUAUCACCAUUGCCCGAGUCCGCCUGCCCAUAUACUCCUGAUAAUGUCUCCCAAGAACCAAAAUCAACAUCCAAGUACUCUAAAUACAACCCCCUAAACUACAUGUUCCCAGACUUAUCUCAAGAGCGUGCGAAAAAUCAGACGAUUGCAUUGCCAACCGAAAGAGAGCCAUCCACCAUACCUAAAGGUACCGGGAAUGGGAACUGGGAAUAUCCUUCGCCACAACAGAUGUACAAUGCUCUUUUGCGCAAAGGCUUUACCGAUACAGAUCCGACUGCUGUUGAAAGCAUGGUAUCAGUUCACAAUUUUCUGAAUGAGGGAGCUUGGGCUGAAGUCGUGGAAUGGGAGCGAAGAUUUGGCAAAGGGCUGUCGAAGGGCUGGGAGAAUUGUAGGAGGGGGGAGGAAGGCUCAAAGGCAGGAGCAGACAUCGGUGCCAACGUAGACGAAGUGCCCCAGCCCAAACUAGUUCGAUUUAUGGGCAGACCGAAGGAAAUGACACCUAAGGCUGCGAUGAUCCAAGUAAUGGGUUGGGCUUUCCCAGAAAAAUAUGGUACUGAACCACCUUUUGAUCGACACGAUUGGUAUGUCCAAAGAGAAUAUAAUGGCCAGCAGAAGGAAGUUCGAUAUGUGAUCGACUACUACGCGGGGGGCGAAGAGCCCACUGGAGAGCCAAUAUUCUAUCUUGAUGUCAGGCCCGCCCUCACUCCAACACAGGCGGUAGAGCGCAUGAUGCGAUGGAGUGGUGAUAUUUGGCAUCGUGCAUCAGGUGCGUCUCGGUUCUUAAGCAGUACGCAUUGGUUUGCGCUAGGAUUUAGUAUUGAUGGUUACGAUCUGAUUCGAUCAAUCACUUUCGAUCAUGCGUUAUGGACUGGUCUUUUGGAGAGAGCAGCAAAAGAAAACACAAACACCCUCGUCCUAACAUCUGCCGAUAAACACUACGUAGAUGUACGAAUUCUUGAUCCAUCUCAUCCACCCCCAAACAAUACCUCCGACCCUCAAGCAAUAUCGAGACUGGAGUGGGGUUUCGCGGGCACUGCAAUCAGCACCCCAGCAGCAUUUAAAGAUGGCGAUAAAAACAUAUUGAUCAAGCCGGCACAUACACAAUGGAUUCAUGAAAUCGAUAACAAGAUACGAAAUCCAGGGCCUGAUGAUCGUGAUGAGGGGUUUAUGUAUCCUGUGGAGGGCACAAACGAGGUCUUGGAAAAGGGCGCGAUGGUGAAUCCGGAAACGGGGAAGGUAGAGGACUAUGAAGAGUUGUGGGAGGAUCUAGAAGUGGAGAUGAUGGAAGGGGAGAAGAGAGAUUACUUUAUGAGCUGGGUACUGAAGACUAAAGGUACUGGUGGUGAAGAGAAUGGGAUGAUGAUUAGAAUCGGUGAGUGGAUACAGGGGGUUAUGAGGAGGGGGGAUGAUUUUUCAGUUGUUCGAUGGAAAUGGAAUAUCGAAAAGGGAUGGGAAAGAGUUUUGGCAAUUGGAAAGGACCUGAAGCUAGAUAGCAGAAUCUUUGAACAGGAGAUAUCUGUUGGUGAUAGCUUCGAGGUCGAUGGCGGUGUGGAAUGGGAGUUUAUAAGUUGUCACAAGCACAAAAAUUCUUUGAACUCCAUUGGAGACAUGAUGGCCGUCCAAUCGCCACUCGUGUUACCGGCGCAGAUAUCAUCAUCCUCCCCAACAGCAGUAACAGUCAUUCCUUCGAUUAUGGAUCCUACAUGCGGGACAUCACCCGCGCAAUAUCGUCAUUCAACGUUGGAAGCUCUCUGGAGCUCCAUGCAAAUACUUUCUCGCAAUUUGUACUGUAUUCCCCAGAUGAUGGGGUCUUUUACUUUUAAUGUAGCUCAAACGAUUCCAAAGAGCUCAGGGAGGGAUAUGUAUGAAAUGGGUAUCCAGUGUGUGUUGUGUGUUAUGGAGUGUUGGGCGAUGCUCAUGGUCAUACCGGCAUUCUUGACAAUGCCUGGAGCGAUGUUCAUGAUGUGUUGUGCAGCGAUGUGGGGCGCUAUUAUGGGAAUGUCGUGGGGAUUGAGGGGAAACGAGAGAACCUGUGAAAGUAUAAUGCCUGUUGGAGAUUUUGGGGACGAGAAGUGGAUCUUCAUCAAUGGUGCUUGCACGAGCUACACUCAGAUGAUGCAUCAUCUCACUCGUCUGAGCAUCAUUUUCCACCGCCGCAUAACCGGAAUUCACAACCGCACCCUAGGACUCCCUCUCGACCUUCUCCUUCACUUCCUCUCCAUGGCCAUGCCCAUCCACCGCACUCUCUAUUCGCAACUCCGCGAGAAUCUUUUGACCCCCAGUAUCCGUAAAGUGGUCAUCAUGUCCCACUCAACCGGCUCCAAGAUUGUCUCCGAUAUCCUAGAUCAACUACACGCCGAUUUACCACCUACUUUGAUGGCGAAAUUGGAGAUCUAUACUUUUGGAGCCGCGGGUGGAUCAUUUUCAAAUCCAUUGCUUAAUUCGCUAUGUAUGGAACUUGGUGCCCUUGGAGAAAACGACAAUGCGAACAUGAAGGCAUCUUGUGAACGUGUGAUACCCCAUAUUGAACAUUACCUACCUCUUACAUCUUCCCCUCUCUCUACCAUGUCGAUCUUACAUCCAGUGCUGCAUACAUUGGAUUCUCGAUUCUGUGGUAGGAUGUUCAUACUGAAUGGAUUCCACCCGGUGUUGUUUGAACAAUAUCUAGAUAUCAUGUUCACAUGGCGAAAACCGGCCAACUCAAAUGAUGGAUCGGAACGACGGGGGUUCUGGGAUGAAAUGGUUAGAAUUGAUGGGGAGACGGCUGAAAAGAGAGAGUUUACGGCGGGGGCAAGAGGUGCGGCAGGAAUGGGGAAUGGAGAGAGGAGAUUGAGUGGGAUGAUGCAGAUGGAGAAGGAAGGGAAGAGAAGACCGGGUAGUUGGAAUUGGUCGAAGAUGGGGAUGGAUGGGGUGGGCAUGGUGAGGAGGGAGGCAAAGGGUCUAGAGGGAAAGAGAAUGAGGGAGGUGGGGAGAUUGGGGGGUUAUGAAGGCGGUGGGAGAUUAAGUGUAGGUUGGUUUGAGGGAAAGGGGAAUGUGAAGGGAACUGAUGAUCUGGGGGUUGUAGAGGGAAGCGAGAGUGAGAUGGAGGGUUGGGAUAGGGUGUCCGUGGAUAAUCGUGAGGGUUAUAAGGAUGCUAGGGUAGGAAACAAGAAUGGAACUGGUGGAGAUAGUUGGGCUAUGGAGAGAGAUGAGGAUGAAAGUGAGGUCGAUUUGGAUAUGUUGGUAGCAUUGACCUUCUUGAGAAUGGCAUCUAUUACACAAAACUCUGGUUUGUGA